CUUCCGGUUUUUAGUUGUAAUUUUGUUAUGUGCGGUUGGUAGGGCUUGGUUUUAUCUUUUAGAUUACAUGUCAGAUCGUGUAUUGUAAUAUGGCGACUAAUAAUUACUUUGGCUUUACACACGGUGGAACACAGUACAGCGCGGCGGCGGCAACGGGAGCGGCUUAUCAAGCGGGUCAAGCCGGAUACGCAGUAACUGCUCCAGCUACAGCAGCUGCGGCUACAUACGGUACUCAGCGUCCUGCGGGAUACGAUACUGCCUACCAAGCAGCCGCCACCCCUGGUACUUACGCAGCAGUAGGUACCGGUGCAGCACCAGCGUAUGAGUACGGUUACGGACGUGCUGCAGCAACUACCGGAUACGACGCAAGUAAGACUUAUUAUCAACAAGCGGCUACAGGACAAACGGCAACAGCGGCCGCAACGUAUACUGCCGGCUACGAUCAGACCGGUGCCGCCAAACCUGCUGCGUAUGCUGCUACUUACACUCAGCGAGCUGCCACUACAGUUCAACCUCAAACACAAGUGACUGCUGCAGCAAAGCCUGCACAAUAUACCGGCACUUACCAAGCGAAUGCAACAGGAUACCAAGCAACGUAUGCUCAACCUGCUGUUCAGACUACAGUUGCUGCUCAACCUGUAACUCAAGCUAAACAAGCAAAUAACACUACCUACUCCGGAUACGACGCUGCACUAUAUUCAGCAGCUACCAUGUAUGUAGCACAGCAAACGACAAAUGCUGCCCAACAGAAGACCAACACUUGGCAAGGGUACAAAAAAGGAUUGGGAAAUAAAAACAUGCGAACCAAAGCUCCUCCAAAACCGCAGCAGCUACAUUAUUGUGAUGUUUGCAAAAUUAGCUGUGCUGGCCCCCAGACAUAUCGUGAGCAUUUAGAAGGCCAGAAGCAUAAAAAACGUGAAGCGGCCACUAAGAUGGCGGCAUCUGUUAACGUUACAAGUCAAAAUAGAUCUGGAAACUCUUUACGUUGUCAGCUUUGCGAUGUCACAUGCACAGGUAAUGAUGCAUAUGCGGCUCAUAUUCGUGGUGCUAAACAUCAAAAGGUUGUAUUAUUGCACACUAAACUAGGAAAACCAAUUCCGCCUCAAGAACCUGAAGUGAUCGGAGGCGCUCGUAAAUCUAUAAGCUCAGCUCCUAAGAUAAAUUUUGUACAAGGGGGUGGUUUGGGUAUUAGUACCGGUAAUGGUGAAAGUAAAGAAGAUGAUAUUAUAGAUGACAAUCCGGAACCAGAUAUCCAACCUGUUGGACAAGAUUAUAUCGAAGAAAUAAAAAGUGACGAUGGAAAGGUGAUUAGUUUUAAUUGCAAAUUGUGCGAAUGUCGUUUUAAUGAUCCAAAUGCGAAAGAAAUGCACAUGAAGGGACGUCGGCAUCGUUUACAAUACAAAAAGAAGGUGAAUCCCGAUUUAGUGGUUGAUGUUAAACCUUCCCUGCGACAAAGAAAAAUUCAAGAGGAAAAAAUGCGCCGUGCUGCAAUGAGAGAGGAAUACUGGCAAAGACGCCACUUGGCAGCAGAGGAUGAAGAGGAACGUAUGUAUUGGGAAGAAAGACGUCGAUACGAAGAAGACUACAUGGAAUGGUGUAGAAGAGGAAAUCUAGGACCUUUCCCACGCCCGCGUCCUCCUUUCUCAGGAAGUGUUCCUCCUCCAUUUUUCCAGGGACCUCCAGCUAGACGUGUUGAAUCCAGUGAUGAUAGGCACGUAAUGGCGCGCCAUUCGGAGAUAUAUCCGAAGGAAGAAGAAUUACAGGCAAUUCAGAGGAUCGUGUCUCACACCGAAAGGGCACUGAAAAUUGUGUCCGAUCAGCUAGCAGAAUCAAAACCCAAAGAGGCCAUUCCUACUACACCAGUAAGCGUAUCCACAGCUGCACCUGCAACUCCCACGUCCACUACUCCGCAAAUCAAACAGGAGAAACCGGAAGGUGAAAUUAAAACUCCAGGAAAUGGUGUGGAACAGAAAGAAGAUGGCAGAGACAAUCAAUUGUUUUCAUUCCAACAAGAUCGUGACGCGAAUCGUAUUCUAAAGGGCGUUAUGCGAGUAGGUCAUUUGGCCAAAGGGCUUCUCUUGAGAGGGGAUGCGAGCGUUGAAUUGGUGGUUCUGUGUGCGGAGAAACCAACCCUUACUCUGCUACGUAAGGUGGUGGAACUACUACCGGCAGCCAUUAAACAGGUUACCAAUGAAAAUACCUACGCAGUCACAAUCAAUGCGGCAGAUGCGGGUCUUACCGUUUCUGGAGAUGGGUUAUCAGUUUUAGUACAGCUUACCAGUCCAGUCAUGCGAGAAGAAGCUGCGAGCGGCGGGUCGGACCGGGAUGUUCUCGCACGCGGCAAGUGUCUCCAGGCGCUGGCAGCCCUCAGACAUACCAAAUGGUUCCAGGCUAGGGCACUGGGCUUACAUUCCUGUGUGGUUAUAAUUCGUAUUCUGAGAGAUCUUUGCCACAGGGUUCCCACAUGGUCUCCCCUCAGCUCAUGGGCAAUGGAACUGUUAGCGGAAAAGGUUAUUUCUUCAGUCCCUGGAGGAAUGCAACUGUCGCCUGGAGACGCUCUUCGCAGAGUUAUGGAAGCGGUCGCCGGUGGUAUAUUGUUACCCGGAGGACCAGGCUUGGGCGACCCAUGUGAAAAGGACAACCCUGAUGCAGCUGCUGCACUUGCCGCACAACAACGUGAAGAUCUGACUUGCUCUGCUCAAUAUGCCCUUCGUUUGAUUGCUUACAGACAAAUAUACAAAGUAUUAGGAAUGGAUCCUCUUCCAGUUCAACAAAAGGUGUUCAGACGUGACAGGUCUGCACGGAAACGACGGCGUUCCGGUGGCGAACAAGUAGAUUCAGAAAGCGACAGUGGAAAAAUGGUGAAAACAGAUGGCAGUGACAUUUCUGCCAGCGAAAUUCCGACUACUACAAAGUAAUCUAGAAUAGAUUCCUAAUUAGUUUUACAUUACCUUUAUGUAAUUGAUAAUUACAACUUUUUUGUGUAUUAAAUAUCGUAUAGAAUUUUUUUUA